GUCAUUAAAAAUGACGCCCCCCCUUCCCGACUGUCCCCUCCCCUUCCCGUCGAUCUCAGGGCCCUGGACCCGGCCAGCUCUCCGUGACCUGGGCCUCCACCCCUCGUGCUUCCCCGCGGCUCCACCGUCCGUCGUCGGCUGGACCUCAGUGACCGCACGCUCCGGACCAGCCCCGCAACCCGCUUCGCGACCCCUCCCCUCCGGAAAACCAAGCGCCGGUCCUCGCACGCCCGACCGGGACCCCUCGGCGCUCCGCCGGCCCCGCCCCCAGUUUCCCUCAGCCAAUGGACAGAGAGGCCUAGCCUCUUCGGGCCAAUAAGCAGCGAGAGGCGGGGUUCCCGCGCCUUGCGAACCAGUAGAGUGCGGACAAAAAGCCGGCUGGAGCGGGGCGACAAGAUGGCGGCUGCGGGGCCGGCUACGCGGCGCGUGGGCUUCGUGGGCGCGGGCCGCAUGGCGGGGGCCAUCGCGCAGGGCCUCAUCAGAGCAGGAAAAGUGGAAGCUCAGCACAUAGUGGCCAGUGCACCAACAGACAGGAACUUAUGUCACUUUCAAGCUCUGGGUUGCCAGAUCACCCACUCCAACCAGGAGGUGCUGCAGAGCUGCCUGCUCGUCAUCUUUGCCACCAAGCCCCACAUCCUGCCAGCUGUCCUGGCAGAGGUGGCUCCUGUGGUCACUGCUGAACACAUCUUGGUGUCCGUGGCUGCUGGGGUGUCUCUGAGCACCCUGGAGGAGCUGCUGCCGCCAAACACACGGGUGCUGCGGGUCUUGCCCAACCUGCCCUGUGUGGUCCAGGAAGGGGCCAUAGUGAUGGCGCGGGGCCGCCACGUGGGGAGCAGCGAGACCAAGCUCCUGCAGCAUCUGCUGGAGGCCUGUGGGCGGUGUGAGGAGGUGCCUGAAGCCUACGUCGACAUCCACACUGGCCUCAGUGGCAGUGGCGUGGCCUUCGUGUGUGCAUUCUCUGAGGCCCUGGCCGAAGGCGCCGUCAAGAUGGGCAUGCCCAGCAGCCUGGCCCACCGCAUCGCUGCCCAGACCCUGCUGGGGACGGCCAAGAUGCUGCUGCACGAGGGCCAACACCCAGCCCAGCUGCGCUCAGAUGUGUGCACCCCGGGCGGCACCACCAUCUAUGGGCUCCAUGCCCUGGAGAAGGGCGGGCUGCGAGCAGCCACCAUGAGCGCUGUGGAGGCCGCCACCUGCCGGGCCAGGGAGCUCAGCAGAAAGUAGGCUGGGCUCUAGCCAUCCUUGCCUGCCUUUGUGCCCCCACCUCUCCCUGUGCCCCUUCCCCUGAGGACUGUGGCUCUCUCCCUCCUGCAUGAGGGUCUCCUACCACUCCUUCUCCCCCCGCACAGGGAAAUGCAGGGGGCAGGAUUUGAGAGGUUCCAGCAGGCAGGGGAGCCCUGACUAGUGGGGACACUCCUCUUUCCCUGGUAAGCAGAAGGCACCGUGGUGGUUGCCCCGCCCCUUGCUGCAGUGAGCCCUCCUCGCUGCAACAUAGGUUCUGAGGGGCCCAAGAGAUGGCAUCUUGGUCAGUUGCCCACAUGGUUGGGCUGUUGGUCGAGGCCAUGAACAGAACUUAUGGUAACAGGCACGGCUGGCCCAGUGCCUGGUCUGGAACCAGGGCUUGCCUUUGGCUUUCCAGGUGGCUCCAUGCAGCUACAGCCAGGCCAGCUGCCUCAUCUCAGCUCUAGGGGGCACGAGCCAUAUGGGGUGUACACAAGAGACCCUCUCCCCUGCAGUAAAGCCAGGGGCCCUGGCCUGCUGUGGGUGGGGCCCCCACAGGGAGCUGGAGCCUGCCCUGCAGCCCAGAGAAGCGGGUGCCUGUGGUGGGUGUACUCGUCCUCUGCUAAAGAGGAGGAACUGCUGGGCCAGGUCUUCAGCAGUGCUGGGGUGGCACCAGGCGGGCAGUGGUAGGUGGGGCGGCUUGAGGUCUGAGAGGGUGGCCCUGGCCAGCCAGGACAAAUGCAGACCCCUGGCUUUAGUUGGGAUACAGUCUCCCUCUUUCCUCCUGAUCCUAAGCUCCUGACAAGUGGCCAGGUGGCUCUGGGCCCUCCUGCCCCUCACCUAGGUCAGGGGUCCUGGAAUGCCCCGUGGCUCUGGCACCACUACACUGGCCUCUGACAGCAGGACUUGUCCCCUCCACAUGUUCCUAAAAGACAGCAGGUCAGGAAAGCCAGGACUUGGGGGAGAAGCAAAGCUCCAGGAUUGAAGGCUAGGAUUCUAGGGCCUUUGGGUGGGGAGGGCCCAGGCCAGGCAGUCUCAGCUCCAUCCCCUGCCCCACAAGAUUCACCUGCGCCUCCAGUCCCACGCUGGCCCCAACUGCUGCAGCUCAGCUUCCACCCAGCAGCCUCUGGAGGCGAGGUGGGGAGCAUGCCCUCAGCGAGGCUGGGCAGCGGGUUCUGCUGUGCCAUCUCCCUGUGUGCCUGGGCAGAUCAAUCCCCCAGUGCAAAACGGGGCUAAGGGCACCUUCAGGACAGCAGCACGCUCCAUCCUUCAUGCUCAGCUGCCUCUGUGGCGACAGACUUCUGCCCUCCACCUGCUCUCUCUUACUCCCCCGAGCCUAGCCCAUCCGUAAGCUCCCUCCCCCGCCUGGUUCCCGGGGCAGGCUGACUCAGUCGACUACUUGGUCCAAGCCUGGCCCUGGCACUUGUCAGGGUCAGCCUAAGGAGAUGGGAAUAAAGAUGCUGGAGAGCACCAAGUGA